UACAACGGGUUCCAUUGAAGCACAGCGUUCCAAUAUUAUAUGUGGAGGGUUUUUUUCCAUAUCAUCAGCAAGGAGAUACUUUACAAAGACCUAUGAUGCCAUCAGAACCUUUAUACAUGUAUCAUUGUGUAUUAUAUAUAUAUAUCGUAUUCGUAUAUGUGUGGGGAAAAUAGAAAAGCACACAACAUUCUAAUUACGUCGGCUAACCGGCAUGUUUUCUACAUUAGUAUUGGAGGCGCAGCACGAGCAGUUAGCUGAACGCUCUACUUUUCCAAGACUGCUGUGAAUUUCUGCAACUUUCUUCCGAUUUAUCCAAAUCAUGGCUUGGAUUCUUGAUUGGAUCUUGUUAUGCUGCACCGCUCUCGUAACUAGUCAGAUGCCUCCAUUAAAAGUAUCUUCAAUUCUGUCUUCUCCAUACCUAAUGGAACAGAAAAGCAGUGCAUGGAGUGAAAAUAAGACGUACCGAGGUUACAUUAUAGACCUUUUAGAAGAAGUGAAAAAGAAAGCGAAAUUCAAUUACGACAUUGAAAUCUCGCCUGAUGGGACUUUUGGACGAGAGUUAACUCCAGGAAAUUGGAGUGGAACCAUAAAUGAAAUUAUUCAAGAGAACGCGGCGUUUGCUGCUGGUCCAAUUACAAUAACUUCUAAACGAGCAAAUGUCGUCGACUUUUCAACCCCUUUCAUCACAACACCUUUCGGAAUAGUUCUAAGGCAACCAGAUGAAAUAGAAGAAUCAGUGAGCCACCGUCUUCUCAAGGUCUGGGCCCCGCUAAAUCCCAGUGUUUGGCUACUGCUUUUUAUAUCGUUCGUUGUUACCAGCACUAUUCUGUAUGUAGUGUCUCACUUUAAUCCAUAUGAAUGGCGAAGAAUGUCACAUGAUGGGGAGGCCACACUUCGUGAGGGAGAGUCUUUCACCUGUUUGAAUAGCUUCUGGUUUGUGAUGAGCGCCUUGAUGUGGCAGGGCUAUACACGAGCUCCUCGCUCCGUCGGUGGAAGAAUUAUUGUCUUGUCUUGGUGGCUUUUUGUUGUUCUUUCUAUUUCGUGUUAUAUUGCUAACUUAUCUAACUUACUGAGAGUGGAACCGAACACCAAAAAUAUGGAAAGGAUGGUUAGAGUGAAAAAUCUCUACGAUCUAGCGAGCAGUGACAUUCCGUAUGUCAUACCUAAAGGAGGUGCCAUGGAGGAAUUCAUAUCCAAAUCAGAUGCAAGGAUAGCCCAGCAGCUCCGAGCUAAAGGAUACACAACAGUAAGGUCCAUUAAAGAAGGGUUAGAAAAAGUCAGCAACGAGCCGACACAGUCCUUGGCACUAAUAGGAGAGUCAAUGAUGAUUAAAUAUUAUUUAAGAAGUUAUUCCUGUAAGCUUUACCUCGUUGAAGAUACCUCUGUUUAUAGGCAAUAUGCCUUUGUUUUACCCCAGAAUUCUACAUAUCUGCGUACAAUUAACACUGGAAUAUUGACUCUUGAUGAGAUGGGAUAUUUACAUGAUUUACAAGAGAAAUGGUUUUCGUCAUCCUGUCGAGGAAUUAAAUUCGAUGAUAGCAGACCAGAACUAUACGAAGUUCCUAAAUUCUUUGUGAUAGACGUCGGCCAUUUUUCAGGAGCCAUGUUUGCUUUGGCCAUUGGAUUGGUGUUUGGUGGUCUAAUCACUGCUAUCGAGUACUUGAUCUACAAAUACGCGGAGGAGCCAGAAAAAGUGAAAAACAGGGCGAAACACGUACAGCAGAGCAGUGACACUGGUUCUGAGUCUGCCGAUAGGUUGUUGUCCGGAAAUAAAUCAACAACAACCGUGUGAACAAAUAUCACUGUUUCAUUCAAAUGAAACAAUAAAUUGAGAAACUAUGUAGACUAUCAAUCUUUGUUUUGAGUUAGUCCGUAAGCUUUGAACUGCUUUAUGUGUCAUUCCAGUACCUAGUAUUCCAAUAGCUGGUCAGCGUUAACCAUUUUCUGAGAAUGUGGUAUACAAGUAUACUUUAUGUAUUAAAACUUAUUCUAUC